UACUGAUAACAGCUGUAAAGGCAGUCCCCACUAUUGGUUACCUCGCUCCGUCAAGGCGCGUAUGUAGCCAACAUGGAGAUUCUCCAUGCUGUUUACUUUUUGACACUGCUCGGCCUCGGUAAUUGUAUUUUGGACCCAUGUUACUUUUACACCGAUGAGUCCACGUUUGACCUUACACACCCCUUCUACGAGGGUAUUCCGCCAUAUCCGGGGUUGGAUCCGCAGGCUUUCGACCUCAACCUCGCCUAUGAGUAUCCGGAACCUCAUUUCUUCUUGUCUUACAACUUCUCCGUUUCCGGACUUGCUGGAACCUCGAUGACCGCUCCGGCUACCUUCUACCCGUUCAGUAGGCAGAUUUCGGAAAUACCCUUCAGCCAACUGGUCAGACUUAAUGGUAGAGUGAUCGACAUCAGUGACCAAGUGAAGAUCAACCCUAACUAUGAAGCGACAGUGGACGACAUCGUCUGCAACGAGAACGAGUACGGAUGCUUCGGUCCCGGCACCGUGGUCAUCUUCUACACAGGAUGGGCGACCCGUUGGCCCAACCAGGAGCGUGUGUUCGGUCUUGAGGGAGUCCUAGGUCUGGACCUGCUGCCCAUUGACUACAACUACCCCGGCAUCUCCGAAGAGGCGGCUAGGUACCUCGCCAGUCAGCCUAAUGUGUACGGAGUGAUGAUCGACUCUCCUGGGGUGGAUUCCGGUGCCGUCCCCAUCAUCGGUUUCGACAUCUACAAGUCCUCUAGGAUCCUUGCUAGAGAGAACAAGUACAUCGUCCAGAACGUCAACAUGGAGUGUACUCUUCCCAACAUCAACCUGAAGGUCUACAUUUUGCCUCUGUACGUCCUCGGAGGCACCAGCGCCCCUUGCCGCGUGUUUGCACAUGUCUGUCAGGAUCAAUGUCCUGUUCCUGCUCUCCCCCCACCACCACCUCCACCACCCCCACCACCACCACCAAUCCCUCCCCCACCACCCCCACCAGCACCCCCACAGCACGUCCACGUCUCCGGUAUCCGCAGGCUAUAAUCUCCACUAAUACCAUCCUCCCCGGUACAAAUCCCACACUCCUGACUCCUGAUUCAAAUGACUAAGGUGAUUCCCUAAGUAUAUGAUAAUUAAAAAAACUUAGACAGAUAUUUUUUUAAUUAUUGUAAAUUUGUUUAAUAAAUAAAUUAGGAUAGGU